AUGUCUUCUGUACAACAAAUUACUUCUAAAGAGAUUCUCAUAAAAAAGGCAAAUUCUGGUACAUCCAUACCAGCAAAUUAUAGUACAACACCUUCAGGAACAAUCUAUUCUAAUACACCUGGAGCAAAUUCUCCACUUGCAAAAACUCCAACUAAAUUAGCAUACAUUCCUGGUGUUACUAUUCCACAAACAACAGACCAAGAUUCCUCUGAAAAAAAUGAUUCCAACAAUAACAAAAAAUUGAAUAGAGUUGCUGGUCAUUUGGCACCCCCAAAUUCUAAUUAUCCUGGUUUUAAAAACACUUUGGUUGAUUCCAAUCAAAAUGGUAACAUUAGUAGUGGAGGUGAAAGUGUACCUUUGGCAAAUGAUGAUAAUAAAAAUUUAUCAAAUAAAAGUAAAAAAACUGACGUAUACUUUUGCAUAGCAACAACAGCUGAUGAAGAAAAAAUGUCAACAAUAACAAGAAGUAAUGAAACAUCCUUUAUGAAUUUAGGAUCCUAA